AUGCAACAACAACAGUCGAUUAUUUUUCUUUUAUUCAUUACAAUUAUUUAUGCAACACAAAUUAACUAUUUUGAUAGUCAACUAUUUGAAGAAAAUCCUACGGAUGAAAGUUUUUAUGAUGGUAUGAUUAAGCGUUCAGCUGGACCAAUUAAUAAUUAUAAAUUAAUUAUUGAUCCACACACGAUUAUAGAUAAUAUAUCCAGUGAUGCAUUGAAGUAUGAUAUGACCGAAGAUUAUAUUAUUGGACAAAAAAGUGUAUUUUAUCUGCAAGCUUAUAAUAUAAAUAGUCAAAAUGAUGUAUUAUGUUCAGAUCGAGAUAGUGGUAUAGCUACUUUUUAUAUGCCAAUAACAACAACUUCUGGGAAAUAA